AUGAUCAAGCUGCCAUCGCAGGCAGCGUGUAGAGCCUGUUUUGGUACCAGACGGGCGGCGCGACCAGCUCAAAUCCAUGCAAGGGUGCAGCAUCUCACCUCCCAGGUAAACUUUGUGAGACGAUGUAUCGUCGACUCAUCGUUCGCCUUAGCCACGAGUAUUGUCCAUGCGAGACCAGACUCUCAAUCCUUUUCGACGUCAAUCGCUGUCAAGCUUGGUGCUACCGCUGCGAGCCGAUUUCCAGCAACCAUCAGCAUACUGGGAAAAGAAUACCCGACCGACGAUUACACCAAUAUCCCAGCCUCGAUCCUGUCGCGCCUUUCCACCACGCCUCAGCUUCCUUACACCAAGAAUCACCCUCUAGCUCUUCUACGUGAUCAGCUCGAGGCUUCAGUCGGACCAAAAUACACGGCUAUUCACGCAGCAUCACCCGUGGUCACUACCGAACUUAAUUUUGAGGAUCUCGGCAUCGCCGCGGAUCACCCUGGCCGCAGCCCUACCGAUACCUACUAUGUGAACCGUAACACGUGCUUACGCACCCACACAUCAGCACACGAAGUCGAGACGUUCCGCAACAAGCACGAAAGAUGGCUGCUCACGGCCGACGUGUAUCGCCGCGAUGAAAUCGAUGCUUCGCACUACCCCAUCUUUCACCAGGUGGAAGGUGCGGCCAUCUUUGCUCACGAGGACUACGCGAUCGGCGGCAAGGUAGAGGCAGAAUGUCAAGAGAUGGAGGCCAAACUGGCCAAGGCGAAUUUCGAGAUCCAAGACCAUGUAGGUCUGUUGGAGGCCGGAGGAUACCAGAGCCAUCACGAUCCUCGUGAAGCGGCGCUCGCCGUACGUCACCUGAAGGCAACACUCAACGGUCUUGUCUUGGACUUGUUUGCCGAUCGACAUGCUUUUGAGACGGCGCAAAAGGGAGGUUCGUCAACCGACCCGCUGCGCGUCCGCUGGAUCCCGGCGUUCUUCCCGUUCACGUCGCCGUCUUACGAGGUGGAAGUGUGGUUCCGAGGCAAAUGGCUCGAGAUCUUAGGAUGCGGUGUGGUGCAGCAAAGGACGCUAGACAAGGCAGGUGUGCCGGAUCGACUCGGUUGGGCAUUUGGUCUCGGUCUGGAACGCAUCGCCAUGGUGCUCUACUCGAUCCCGGACAUUCGACUUUUUUGGACGCAGGACCCGCGCUUCUUGGGUCAAUUCGCUAGCACAAGCAGCAACGAGGUCUCAGCAGCUGGAGGUCAAGCCAAGCGCAGUUCUGGAAAGCCAAAGUUGUUGACGUUCAAGCCGUACUCCAAGUAUCCACCGUGCUACAAGGAUGUCUCUUUCUGGUUGCCACAAGAGCGUGCAUUCCACGAAAACGACCUGUUCGAGAUCGUUCGCGACCGAGUGGGCGAUCUGGUUGAGGAUGUGGUCAAGAUCGAUGACUUUGUGCAUCCCAAGACGAAGAAGCAAAGUCUGUGCUACCGCAUCAACUACCGGUCCAUGGAUCGAUCGCUCGAGAAUGACGAGGUGAACCAGCUUCACUCGGACGUCCUGAAGAAGCUCGUGGAUCAGCUUUCCAUCGAAAUUCGAUAG